AUGGUGCCGAAAAAGCUUCCAUUAGAUCUGGAAGAAGAGAUACUCUUUCGAGUUCCACCUCGAUCUCUCCAUUGCUUUAGAUCCGUUUGCAAAGAAUGGAACGCUCUUUCCAGAGAUAAGAGAUUAAUCAACAAAAACUUUGCUUGCGCUCCUCCAGAAUUCAUCUUAAAGACACGUUCCAAUAUUUAUUCGAUAAGCGUCAAUCUCAACGAUGACAAUCCAACUAUAAAUGUGCGUGACUUAUGCUUUGGUGAUCAUUUACGGGGUCAACAUUCUCUCUAUGGGACCUGCGAUGGUAACUUCUUCUUGUAUGAUCACUUUCACGAAGGAGGCGGAUGCAUGGUAGUAGACCCGAAAAGAGUUACAAGAUUAUUGAGAGAACGUGUCCUCUCGGUUUACAAGGGAGAUCGGUUCUCGGUGUUAGAACAAUCCAAAAAAACAAGGAAGAUUGAGAUUUGGGUGACGAAGAAUAAAAUUGGUAACGGGGAUGAUGGAGACGAUGUGGUGUGGAUUAAGUUUAUGACUAUCUCAAGACCUGACUUCCCCAUGGUACUAAUUAGUCACCCGUCUACAAAUUACUUCGUGGAAAAUAAUAUCUAUGGAAAGGCCUUUGUUCUGUCUUGUCCUACCAAGAAACCUAAAGCAGCUUGGAUUAAGAUAGAUGGAGUUGUAUUCGCUAAGUCUGAUCAGUCAUCUGUCUUUGUUCCCAGUUUGAUCACCAUUCCUUGA